UCGGGAAUAGAGCUUGAAGAUGGCGGACAAGACUAAGGUUACUGAACAGUAUUACGCGCCGCCGCCCGACCUAGGAGGAUGGGAGUCCUUCAGGAUCUUCCUGUGGAACUCCGAGACGGGGCAGUUCCUCGGACGCACUGGAUCGAGCUGGGCUAAAAUCCUGCUCUUCUACGUGAUCUUCUACGCGUGCCUGGUGGGUUUCUUCGCUGGGCUGCUGGCCGUCUUCUACCAGACCUUGGACAUGAAGGUGCCCAAGUGGCAACUGGAUAGCUCCAUCAUUGGGAGCAACCCUGGUCUCGGGUUCCGGCCAAUGCCCGACUCUGCCAACGUGGAGAGCACCCUGAUCUACUACAGGGCCAACGAUAAGGGCUCCGUACUCAAGUGGGCCAAGGUCAUCGAUGACUUCCUGCAGACUUACCGCCGCAAGGGUAGCGGCAGCGGCGAGGUGCCCGGGGCUGAGAACCGCGUGCCCUGCAGCUUCAACUCGGGCCCGCUGGGCGAGAAGCAAGUCUGCGACGUACCCGUUGACGACUUCCACCCCUGCACCCCUGCCAACCAGUACAACUACGAGCUAGCCGCGCCUUGCGUGUUCUUGAAGCUUAAUAAGAUUUUCAACUGGAAACCGAAUCUUUACAACACGACCGAAGAUCUGCCUGGAAAUAUGCCGGAGGAUCUUAGGCAGCACAUUAAAUCUAACGCCGGCAAGAAUGAAGCUAACAUGGUGUGGGUAUCUUGCGAGGGUGAGAACCCCGCUGACGUGGAGAACAUCGGACCAAUCCAGUACCUCCCCCGGCGCGGGUUCCCCGCCUACUACUACCCCUUCACUAACAAGGACGGGUACCUCAGCCCGCUGGUCGCUGUGCUCUUUGAGAAGCCAAGGACGGGCGUCCUGAUCAACAUCGAGUGCAAGGCCUGGGCCAAGAAUAUCUUUUACGACCGCUAUGAGCGACGCGGCUCGGUCCACUUCGAGCUGAUGGUGGAUCGUGGCUAAGCCCCCAGCGUCCCCGCAGCCCUGCCACCGGCGAAUGAGUGUGUGACUGGUGGAUUAACUGCUGUUUCACUGUCGUUCUUAACUGGGAAUUUUGGUUCAAGAAUUUAGAAGACUUGAGAAUGACCUUCGGAGUCUUGAUUAUCCACUCCUAAAUCAACAGUUCUGACUGAUAGUCCCUGGAGGUCAAUAUGGUCUAUGAUUUUUUAUUAUUCUUGAAAAUUUGCUCCUAAUAAUCAACCAGUAUUUCUAAAUGGGACUUGAAAUGGCUUCAGAAUUUGUCAUCAACAUAGAGAGCGUGAGGCUUUUAAACGAAUCGCAAUGUGUUAUUUAUUCCACAUACAUUUAAAAGUUCAACAAUCUCUUGUGGAAUAUAAGUAGUCAAAAUUUCAAGUCCCAGCAAAUUUUUGGAGUGGUCAUAAUAGAAAAGUUAAGAACCACUGUUUUAACUCAUUCACUGCUAAGUCACAGUCGUUUCUCAGCGUAUAAGCUUCGUAGACUUAAAACGGCGAAAGCAUUGAAUGGGUUAAGAUUAUUUUUGGGUGAGCUUGCUGAAAACUGCCAUAAGUAGUUAAUCUACUUUUAAUGUUAAUCAGUAUAUUGAUUGUUAAGAUUGGUAGAUUUUAAGCGCACUUUCGUGCCAAUAUAAUCUUUUAAAUGGUGGCAGGUAUGCGUGGGUUGCCAGUGACGUUAGUUAGUGUUCGCCAUUCAAGCCAGGGUGGUUGCUGGGGCCACUGGGCAACCAAGUCUGAUGGUUUCAGCAGCUAGUGCUCAACAUAGUAAAGCCAAUGAAGCGAGAUAAAGAUUCAAAGCUUUAACUUUCUACAUUGUUUGCAACCAACGCGUACUUAGUUUCUUUAAUCAUCUGAGUAGCACCGGAUCAGAUACUAUAGAGCUUAAUAUGAUUGACUGCAAGUGCAAGGAAGAAAACGUAAAGUGAUGGACGGAUUAAAUAACGCGAAAGCCAUCUUCAGGCUAGCAAAUAAGUCCCAAGAUAGCACCUCGGAGAGCACCGAUGAACACUGUCCACAGUCGUUAUGUCCCUAAGGAUACGUCUGUAUAGAAGAGAAGAAUUGUAACCAUCAGAUUGUGUGAAUUCUUUAUUUCGUUUCAUUGGCUUCACAUCAAGUUGGUUGACGGCAAGAGGAGGGAAAAGUUUAGGUGAGAACCAAGCGCCGCUGCCCGCUGUUACUGUUAGCAAUAGCCAUUAGUUGGCGUUUAUUUAUAUUCGUUUUAGAAUAAGCCAGAGGGCGUUUCAGUUUGUUUGUCACGCUUCAAGUAAGAUAAAGUUUUAUUGAUAUUUAUUAAUAUGUAAAUUCUGGACGGACAGUCAAUAAACACGCAAUAGUUGGUUCCAAUUUA